AUGGAAUCCACCUCAAGGAGGAUUGUCCUGCUGGGAAAGACUGGAUCUGGGAAAAGCCACCUGGCUAACACCAUAUUAGGAGAGGAACUUUUCACCUUUUAUCGUUCCUCUACCUCCGGAACCCAAACAGUUCAAGCAGAGACCAAGUGUGUGAGCGGAAGAAGCCUCACUUUGAUCGACACUCCUGGUUUCUUUGACACAGAAAAGUCUGAGGAGGUUCUGAAGCCGGAGAUCAUGAAUUGCAUCACAGAGUGCUCACCUGGGCCUCACGCCUUUCUCAUUGUCCUAAAAGUGGAAAAGUUUACAAUGCAUGAGCAGGGUGUGAUCGAUAAAAUAUGUGAGUAUUUCUCAGACGAUGCUUUGAAUUAUGCUGUUCUCGUCUUUACUCAUGGUGACAACCUUGGAGGGAUGACUAUCGAAGAGUUUGUUGGUAAGAAUGAGAAACUGAGAGAUCUGAUGCAGAGGUGCGGCGGUCGGUGCCAUGUCUUUGAUAAUAAACACUGGAACAACAAUCAGAUCAGUGGUUACAGAAACAACCAGUUUCAGCUGAAGUUGCUGCUUCACACUAUAGACAAGAUGGGGAUGGAAACAAACAGAUCCUAUUACACCAAUGAAGUUCUGCAGCAUGUAGAAGAAAGGAUCCUGAGGUAUGAGGAGCAAAUACGGGAGACGUCCGUCAACCUGUCCCCAGGGGAGGUAAAAAAAAAGGCCAAAGCCACUGUGUCAAAUGAGCUUUUGGUACGCCUGGCGGGUACCGGGACAGGUGUUUUGUUAGGGGCUUUCUUUGGUCAUUUGCAGCAGGAGGUGAGGUGA